GCAGCGCAUCCCUGGGCUCCGAGGCCCCGGAGUGGAUGAGACACCACUUCGCGGCGGCGGCGGCGGAGAGCCAUGAGCUGUCUGGAUGUGAUGUACCAAGUCUACGGCCCUCCGCAGCCUUAUUUCGCAGCCGCCUACGCCCCCUACCACCAGAAACUAGCCUAUUACUCCAAAAUGCAGGAAGCCCAGGAUUGCAGCGCCAGCCCCAGCAGCAGUGGCAGCGGAAGCUCCUCGUUUUCCAGCCAAACGCCAGCCAGUAUAAAAGAGGAGGAAGGCAGCCCAGAGAAAGAGCGCCCACCAGAGGCAGAGUACAUCAACUCCCGCUGCGUUCUCUUCACCUAUUUCCAGGGGGACAUCAGCUCUGUAGUGGACGAACAUUUCAGUAGGGCCCUAAGCCAGCCUAGUAGCUACUCUCCCAGUUGUACCAGCAGCAAAGCCUCACGGAGCUCUGGGCCCUGGCGAGCUCGUCGCUACUCCCUCUGUGGUGCAACCCUUCUGAGCUGAUCUGCAGUCCAGGGUUUCCCUUCCCCCUUCCCUUCUGACCAGUCUGGAAGGCUCAGCAUCUGUGCCUCUCACU